AUGUCGGAGGAAGACCAAGAACUGUUAAAAAAGAUAAGCAAAAUAUCCGGCCACAUCAAUCUUCACAAAACUCAGGCAACUCCUACGCAAAAUGACCCGAACAGUGAUUUUGCAUCGCCACUACCUUGGAACAGGUACACACCAGCUUCGUCAGGUAACUUGAACGCCGCACCUUGGAGGUCACCACGCGUGGCACCGUACACUCGAGGCCGAGGCCGAGCUGGCAGGAUCGUGGCAAAUCCUCACCGGAACCGUACUCUCGUCCUGAAUAACAAAUCCGGGGUUUCAAUCCCCAGCGCGAAGGAGCCUAGUCCAGACUCUACUCCAUCAAGUACAAAGGCCAUUCAGUCGGAGGAUGAGGAACUCAUCCUUCGGCAGUCAACAAACCGCUGGGUCACCAAACGUGAUCGACAUAUGCAACUCAUUAAUUCCUCGGUAUACGACAAGGAGACCCCAGCCCGCAACAAAGCUAUUGAAGAAUCUCGACGACAAAAGGCGCUUCAAAAGGAUCAACGAGAGAAGCAGAAGAUUAAACGACACUUGAAUAUCCUUACUUCUCGUGCAGGUCAAGCUGCCAAUGCUGUCCAUGAAGUCUCAAUCAAUGGGCUAAGAUUUCAUGUCGCCGAUGGCGGAAGCAAGCUUGUUCGGAUCCGCGGCGCAACUGACUCCGCGAGCACGACCCCAAAGCAAGCUAACGUCGGCGGUGUUACCUUCCUACGAAGCAAGAACGGCAACCUCUACCGCUCGGGCAUUGUCAAAGCCGAAAGGGCCACGGGCAAAUUCAGGAAGAUCGCUGAACCAUGCAAACGGUUUACUUUAACGGGACAUUGCCCAAAAGGCCCACUAUGCCCUUACACACAUGAUCCACUCAAGGUUGCCAUGUGUAAAGAUUACCUCCAGACAGGAACUUGUCCAGCUGGUGAUUCCUGCGACCUCUCGCAUGAUCAUACACCCGAGCGAGUACCUGCUUGUUUGCAUUUCCUACGUGGCAAAUGCUCCAACCCCUCAUGUCGCUAUGCACAUGUUCGCGUCAAUCCAUCGGCCUCGGUUUGUAAGGGCUUUGCCGUCCUCGGCUAUUGUAGCAAAGGAGCAAACUGUUCAGAACGACAUGUUCAUGAAUGUCCCGAUUACGCUAACAGUGGCGUCUGCCGCAAGCCGAAAUGUCACUUGCCGCAUGUUGAUCGGGCUGGACAAAUCAAAAAGCACGCUGCUAAUGUUACAGAUCGCGCGAAUGGCUCCGAGGGAGACGAUGAUAGUGACAUAGUAAGUGAUGACGACUACGACGAGAUAGAUAGCGAUGAUGUCGAUUCAGACGGCCUGGAGGAGGAUGUGAUGCAACUUUCCGAUGAAACAGCUUCCCGCGCUCUAUCUCAGCAGCAAGACUUUGUUCAAUUCUAG